AUGCCCGUCAAGCAGCUCGAGACGCCGUACCCCGUCAUCGACGUGGACCCGCACUUUGCGCGCGUCGUGCGCUACAUGCGCCCGAACGACUACCUGCUCUGGGGCGGGGUGACGGCGUCCGGGCCCCUCCUCGUCAGCCUGUGGGACAAGAUGGACCCGUCGAAGGCUACGCACGGCAUCCGGCACGCGAGCCGCUUCGCGGGAUGCAUGGGCUUUGUUGCGGGGUUCAUGCUCGCGUACCAGAACUCGUCUUUCCGCUUCCUCGGCCUCAAGGAGAACAAGCAGGAGCAGGAGCGCGACUUUGAGGAGCUCUCGGCACUGGCAAAGGCCGGCAAGCCGCUGUACGGCGACUCGGACCUGUCGCCUUACCUCCAGGGUGUUGCGUCGCGCAACUCGACCUACUCGCAGUUCAAGCUGCAGACUAUGCCUUGGUUCAACUUUGUCAACCACAACGACCACGGUGCCGACACCUCCAAGUACCAGAACUAG